CCUUGUUAUAAUGGUGGAACUUGUUGUCCUACAUCUGGAAUGGAGUUUUACUGUGACUGUCCUGAUGGUUUCGAAGGCGAUAAAUGUGAAACAGAAUUAAAUCCUUGUGACAUUCAUCCGUGUCAUAAUGGUGGAACUUGUUGUCCUACAACUGGAGGGAAGUUUAGUUGUGACUGUCCUAGAGGUUUCAAGGGUAAAACAUGUGAAACAGAUCCUUGUGACAGUCAUCCUUGUCAUAAUGGUGGAACUUGUUGUCCUACAACUGGAAUGGAGUAUUACUGUGACUGUCCUAGAGGUUUCAAGGGUAAAACAUGUGAUAUAGAAUUAAAUCCUUGUGACAGUCAUCCUUGUCAUAAUGGUGGUACUUGUUGUCCUACAACUGGAGGGAAGUUUACCUGUGACUGUCCUAGAGGUUUCAAGGGUAAAACAUGUGACAUAGUAAUAAAUCCUUGUGACAGACAUCCUUGUCAUAAUGGUGGAACUUGCUAUCCAACAGCUAGAGGGAGGUUUAGAUGUGACUGUCCUAGAGGCUUCAAGGGUAAAACAUGUGAUAUAGCAAUAAAUCCUUGUGACAGUCAUCCUUGUCAUAAUGGUGGAACUUGUUUACCUACAACUAGAGGGAAGUUUAGCUGUGACUGUCCUAGAGGUUUCAAGGGUAAAACAUGUGAUAUAGCAAUAAAUCCUUGUGACAGUCAUCCUUGUCAUAAUGGUGGAACUUGUUGUCCUACAACUGGAGGAAUGUUUAGCUGUGACUGUCCUAUAGGUUUCAAGGGUAAAACAUGUGAUAUAGGAUAUCACCAUCCAUAUUCACGUUUUAGGAGAAUAUUAAGGUCAUUGACACGCCGUCGUUUUGUUCGUUUCGGACGUAGACAACGAAGGUUCAGAAGAGUUAUCACUAUCAGGAGAAUCCGUCUUUACGGUCGUCGUCAACGCAGGUUCAGAAUCCGAAUCAGGCGAUCAUUUAUAAGAUCUGGUUAAUGAUAUCCUAUUAUUCUUCGCAAAUAUUCGAUAGUCAAAUUAUAUUUUUUUCUUGUCCUCUCUUAUUUUAUCAAAUUUAAAUAUCAAAGAGGAAAAUUUUAUUCCGCAUAGUGGUUUCUAACUUAUAAAACCUGAUAAUCAUUACACAUUUUAUUACAUAGGAUUUUACUUAUUUUCUACGUUUAAUAUUAGACAGCAGUAUAAAAAGUGGAGGGCAGGGCCUUUUCACAAUCUUUUAAUUAAAAAUAAUAGAUGGUAAGAAAUACAAUAAUGAUUGAAAGCCUCAUGCAUUUACGAUAGAAAUGGACGCCAUGUCAUUAUAUUUUAUUUUUCUUCGCCUUUUUUAUCUUUUUAAGCUAUUGUCUGUUGAAUUCUCAAUGUAAAAGUUUCUGACCACUCUGCUCUAUGACCACUACAAUGUGUGAUAAACUACGCAGAGAGGCAGAUGAUUUACAAAUACAAACCUUUCUUAACAAGACAUUUUUUAACAAUUUCGAUACAGUAUACAACUACUGUCUAGAAUAACAAAAUAUUUUCACUGUUAAGAUAGUGCUCGCUCAAAAAGGUCACUUGCUGAAUAUCGUGCAGCUCUGAGUAACAACAUGUUUCAAGUUUUGUUAUUUAUUAUUAUUAUUAUUUACAUUUAAUUCUUAUUGUGCAUUUAAUGGAUCAAUUGUGUGGUCUCGGUAAUUAAAUAUAUGCAAUUGAUUUGAGUAGUUUUAUUUCUUGACCAAUAAAAAAAAAUGAAAUAUCCCAGUUCCAAAUCGGACGGGGGGAGGGGGCUACUCUCAAGGCAUUUUUUAACAAUUUCGAUACAGUAUACAACUACUGUCUAGAAUAACAAACUAUUUUCACUGUUACAAUAGUGCUCGCUCAAAAAGGUCACUUGCUGAAUAUCGUGCAGCUCUGAGUAACAAUAUGUUUCAAGUUUUGUUAUUUAUUAUUAUUAUUAUUUACAUUUAAUUCUUAUUGUGCAUUUAAUGGAUCAAUUGUCUCUUUUGGUGUCGGUAAUUAAAUAUAUGCAAUUGA